AUGACUUCCAACGUUCUGCCUCUAUUUUGGGAUCUCGCCUCAUCUUCAAAGGAUACUCGACUACAAGCUUCAGUGAACCUCGUUUCGUCUUUGCAAAAUUUUCAAGAGACAUUUCUAGCCACUAAUGUCGACUCUGGUUCCGAUAUAGAAGAAGAGGAGGGAGACGAGGAGAAUGGAGAAGAUGGGGAUAUGGAUGAGGAUGAGUCUGGAGAAGAGGUGGAUGACAAAGAUGAAGCAGUCGAGGGGGAAGAAAGUGAUGAUAACGCUGAAAUUUUGCUGGAUAAAGCUUUAGCGAAAUCCAACGCGGAGGAUGUGGUCUAUACCGUCAAGAGAUUGGUAAGAGGUCUGGGAAGCUCUAGAGAAAGUAGUAGACUAGGUUUUGCUGUCGCUUUGACCGAACUCUUGUCUCAAAUACAUACCAUCACAGCACCUCAGGUCCUAUCUCUCCUCCUUCGUAGCUCUCCCAUCUCGGCCUCGAUGAAAGGAUCCGAACAACGUGACUCUCUCUUCGCUCGUCUUUUCGGUUUGACUUCUCUUAUUCAAUCUAACUCACUUUUCCGACCUUCCUCAGACCAAGAAACAUUUCAAAGAGUCACGAGUGAGCUGAUAUCACUCGGUGAUUCCAAGAGCUGGCUGAGGGAGGCUGCAUGGUGGGGACUAUUACAAGCUGUUCAAGGGGCAUGUGUCAGUCAAGUGGAAUGGGCCGACAAUACUAUAACUCAAUUAUUGUCCUCUGUUCUCGGUGACAAGGGAUGGACAGCAGAGAGAGUGGCUUUAGUCAGCUUGAUGGAGAGAUUACGUCCCACAUUGGUCGUGGAUUCUCUACUACAACCUACAUUCAAAAGAGGAUCUUUACUCGCCAGCCCAAAUCUAUUGCAAUUGGCCAAGAUCCUGAAGGAGUCCAAUGUGAAUGAGGAAGAAUCUACCGCAUCGGACGGAUCUUCAAAAUCUCAAUUACAUUUUGUUUGGGAUGUCAUGUUGGACAGUUACUUCGUUUCAAAGCCUGAUAAUUCUCAAGCUCCUUUCCAAGAUUUUUUCCGAGUAUGUGUCGAUGAAUCACUCUUCGCCAAUUCGUCCUCCUCUCAACGAAAAUACUGGGGAUUUCAAGUUUUCUCCCGUGCCCUCCCUCUUCUUUCCGCUAAUGAGAUGCCCCUGAUCUUCACACCAAACUUCAUGCGGUGUUGGAUGAACAACCUAUCCUCUUCCGAUAGAUACCUUCACAAAGCUGCCCAGCACGUUGCUCAAAUCGUCCAGGAUGUAGUGAAGACCAACCCGAAUGUCGGUUUCACCCUCUUGAGUCAACUGGUGGGGAAACAUGGGAAACCCAACUUCGAUAAAAUCACAAAAACUCGAACUGUGGAGGGUAUCAUGGGAUCUCUGAAUCUGGAUGGGGUGAAGGAAUAUGUGAGGUAUCUCCAGGACAUGAUCGUCAGCGAUGAUUCGAACUCUGAAGAUUUGGAAGGAUUGGAAGACAAAAGAACGUGGGCUUUGAAUCAGAUGGUGGCUUUGGUGCGGAAUGGUUCCGUACCUAAAGAUGAUCAGUGGAUAAGUUCUGUGUUGGAAUUUUUGCUGGUCCAUGGGUUUUUCGUUAUUUUGAAAACAACGAAGAAGGGCGACAUUACAGCAUUGUCCAAAAGUCCUAGACCUCCCCUGUCAGAAUCUACAGCCGCUCUAUGUAGGACAAAACUUCUUUCGUGUCUUGUGGAAGUGACCACUGUUUCGAGCCCCAAAGGCGAUGGCAAGACAGCUUCACGUAAACAGGGAUGUGAUUCUUCCAACAAACUCUGGCUUAGACGAAUCCUCGAACUUCUCCUUUCUCUGCAAACGAACCCUCAUUUGAAAAUCAUUUCCGAAGCCGACAAAGAGAUCAAAGCUGGUCGUGAGGCUGGUAUCGAGACGCUCAAAGCUUUAGACAAGUUUCAGGUCGAGGGGAAUGAAGUCGUCAAGGGUGUGGAGAUCCUAUUGAGUUUUUUGAUCAUUCAGACAUAUGACGAAAAUGAAGAUGCUUUGGAAAUGCUUGAAGUGAGUCAAUCAUCAGCUCGAGAAAGUACGUCAAAAGAAGCGGAUGUCAACCUACCGGCUAUAGACAUGUUACUCGAUACUCUCAUUGCUCUUCUGGAUAAAGGUUCAAACGAUCUUCGAUCUUUGGCUAACUUGGUGGUGGGAAUGGUAGCUGGAGAAUUCACAUCGUCAAGUGUACGACAUCUAGUAGCGCAGUUGGAAGCUUCUGCCAAUGUCGAGGACGAAGAUGGGUCAGAGGAAGAUAUGGAAGAAUUGAGUGAUGCCGGUGAUGAGGACCAAGAAGAAAAUGAUAGCGAGGGAGGGCAAAGUAUCGUGGAAGACGAGGAGGAGGAGGAAGAAGAUGAAGAUGACGAUGAUGAAGAAGAAUUACCACCUGUCGACCCUGAUUUCAGACGAAAAGUAGCAGAAGCACUUCAAGUGACCGAUCUUCUGGAGGAUGGAGUGAAUGGGGAUAACGCUUCCGAUUCAAGUUCAGAGGAAGAAUAUUGGGACGAUGAACAAAUGAUGAAAGUUGAUGAACAGCUCGCCGCUGCGUUUAAACAAAGAGCGGCGUCUAAUAGAAAGUCUGAUCUCAAAUUACUUGAAACUGAAAACCUUCAUUUCAAAAAUCGGAUUCUUGACCUAUUUGACAUUUUCAUACGAAAACAACCAUCCAACCAAGCUAUAUACGAUACCAUCCUCCCUCUUCUUCAACUCGUCCGUUCUUCUUCCUCAUCCACUAACGGUACAUCUUCUUUAGGAACCAAAGCGACAAGUAUCAUUCGAUCUCAUUUCACGAAACCCAAAGAAGUCCCGUCCCCCACUUCUUCCCUCGGAUCAAUUAUGAAAGAAAGCCAUCAAUUAGCUCGACGAUCAUCUUCAUCGGAAUUCUCAUCUCUAUGUUCCAUCUGUAGUCUUUUUCUCUUACGCUCUACCACCUCGAAGUCUUCGGAAGAAGAUGAGAUAUUGGAAGAAUAUAAAGAAACCAUGAGAGAUUUCAUGUUACGUAAAAAUUCUCAAGUCCACGUCAAAUUCUUAUCGGAAUUAUUUCAACGAUAUCCACUUCGAGCGUGGAAUCUUCGGUUUGAAUUGUUGGAAUUGAUUGAGAAAAAAGCGGUGAAUGAUUAUCGUCAAUCUCAAGGACUUUUGAUGUUAUCUUCAUUAUGUGGACAAGUCAAGAUUGUGGAUGAUAAAGAGGGACGAGAGUUUGUGAAGAGAGCUUCGGGGUUGAUCGUGAGUGUUUUAGAAAAGACAAUGGAGGAAGGAUCAACGAUCAAAAAUCAAGAAGUGAAAGAGGUGUGUGUGUUUGGUCUGCAUUUGGCCAGAGGAGCAAAAGCGGGGGAUAUGUUGGGGAACUGGGAUGAAAAGUUUGAGCAGGUGACGAGACGAUUCUUGAUGGAUGAGAAGACGAAAGGGAUGAAAGGGGCUUUAGACGUUUUGAAGCAGUUGGUUUCUGUCUUGGGGAUGGAUACAGGUAAGAAGGAGAAGGAGAAGAGCAAAAAAGAUAAGAAAGAUAGGAAGGUGAAUAAGAUGGAAGUAGAUGAGAAACCCACGGGAAACGGUGAAACACCACGAAAAAAGAAAGACGAAGAUAUGCAAGUGGAUGUCAAUCCUCACAUGGUGGUAUCUACCGAACGCAAACAAAAAUCAAACAAGAACAACAAGAAAUCAUCCGAGGCUGGUGAGACUCUGUCAAUGGAAGGGUUGAAGGAAAAAUCCAAGAAACGAAAGUCUUCAGAGGGAAAAGAAAUCAGUAAGAAAAGAAAGAUACCAUCUGAAUCAGCAGAGUAG